AUGAAACAGCAACUGUUAGUGGUCAGAGUGCCAUCAUUGAGUUCUUCGCUAAAAUUGACUAAAUCUCCAUAUUUUAGAUCGAGUUAUUCGACAUUUAAUAUCACUAGACAUUCCAGGUUCAGCUCAAUAAUUACGAGAAAUUUCAGUGAUUCCAGAGAAACUUUGUUUAUACAAUUAUCUAAAGUUAAGAAAAAAGAUAAACCCAGAGCAAUUUUUGUGAAGGCUCUUGAGGAUAUCACUGAGUUCACUGAAAAAGUUGCAUCAAAUAAAAACGUAAUUGAUGGGUUAAGGGUUUCUCUUUAUGAUCAUCAAGUUGAAGGUCUUAGGUUUAUGUUAAAAAGAGAAUUUGACAGUACUUAUAAAUCUGGUUUCUUAUGUGACGAAAGAGGGUUAGGUAGGCAAAUUCAAAUGUUAUCAUUGAUAAUUGCUAAUCCUGCUCCCCAUAAUUUUGAAUCAGAGCCAAUUUUACAUGUUAAUCAAAAAACUAUCGACAAGAUUGCUUACAAUAAAAGAAUCAAAUCUACUUUAUUAGUGGCAAAUACACGUGGAAAUGCUCUAAAUUGGAAAGAAAACAUUGUUGAAAAUACAAACUUGACUGUAAUUCUUCUCCAUAGGCAUCCCUCUACUAUAAGUGUUUCUCCUGAAUUGCUUUCCAAGUUUGACAUUGUUGUAACUACAUAUGAAUAUAUCACACUGGAAAAUAACAUAAAAGGUAAAACUUCACCAUUUUAUCUGGUGUUUUGGUGGAGAAUCAUAUUUGAUCAUUGCGAGAGUUUACGUGAAGCGUAUUCAAAUAGAACGACAGCUUGUUUUAAUUUGAGUGGCAAUAGAAGAUGGGGAAUGACUUAUAAUCCAAUGUCAAAUCAUCUUGGAGAUAUCAGGUCAACGUUCAGAGCUUUACAAAAUUUUGAUUACAAAAAGGUUUUUGCAUGUGAACUGCAGCUAGAAAAAUUCUAUUUCUAUGAUCAAUAUCAUUUGAUUCUUGAUGCCUUAAGAAUCAGAAUAGGUCAUUACAUGUUAAGAAGAACGAAAUCAAGUUUAACACCUGAGGCUUUAAGUGUAAUUAAUCCAGUAAAAGUUGUUGAGCCCAAGCUAAAAUUACAUGAUAUUGAAGUGGAAUUUUACCCUUUUGAACGUGCAAUAUAUUCCCAUCUUGAGAACAGAAUUAUAGUUGCAUUGAAUAAAAAAUACGGAACUGAACAGAUUGAUAGAGGGAAUUAUUUAAACUUUUUUUUUUCCGAAAUUUCAACAAAAGAUAACUCUAUUGAUGCUCUUGACAUAUCACCAGAAAGUUUAGUUUCAGAUUAUGGAAAUCAACGAGGAUUUUUCUAUUCUUUGUUUAGAUUGAGACAAGCAGUUUCCCACUGGAAAAUGUUUUCCUAUCGUGAAAAUGAUUAUCUUUUAGAUUCGGGAAACGACAAAAUCGAACCUGCUUCGGUUCCAGAUGAUGAAUUAUAUCGUAUACUCGAUGCAAUUAAUUAUAAAUAUGAUAGAAAGGAAUUAGAAAACCAUCCUCCUUCAGCUAAAAUCCAAAAGUUAGUGAAUUUGUUGAAAACAGAGCAUGAUCGACCAACUAUUGUAUUUUUCCAGUUUAUUCAAUUAUGCGAUUUGGUUGAGCAGGAAUUGGUCAAAAAUGGAAUAGAAUAUGAAAGAUAUGAUAGAAGUGAUAGAUAUUCUGCAGCAAUUAAUAGUACCAUUCAGAAAAAAGUUGUGUUAUGUACGUUUGGGUUUUCUCAUGGUUUGGGAUUCAAAUCGGUCCCUUUCUCUAGAGUAAUAUUCAUUGAUCCUUACUGGAAUAGGGAUUUUGAAAAUAAAAUAGUUGAAAGAAUCAAGAAGGAAGGCAAUGUUAACUCUAUCGAUAUUUAUACACUUAUUAUAAAUAAUACAGUUGAAUCCGCAUUACGACAGACACAAAAACAAAAAGAUAGCUUUUUGGCCGCAAUUUUGGAUGGUAAAAAGAUAAAUCAAAACGAAAUUUCUGGACGAAAUUUAUUAACAUUUUUAAAUAAUCCUCACUUUGUGCGGAAAAUUCACAGAAAACAAACUGCAUUAAAGAAAGGAACUAAAGCCAAAGAAUUAUCCACACCGAAAACUGAUCAAUCUCAAGAAUAA